GGUUUUAAAUUAAUUUGUAAUCAACCUAUCGGCCAUUGAAAGCGAAAAUCCAACGUAAACUGUGGUAGCUCAUUUUCACCGGUUAGUUUCUAUUCAAUUCUUCCAUUUUCGCUUUCCUUCCCUCCCCCCCUUCUCUGUGCGCAGGUACGUUACCGCCAUUUAUUUCCUUUCCUUACAUAUUCCUGCUUGAUCUAAAUAAAUACAUUCUACUGAUUCGCCUGAGCCACCCCCAAUUCAUUCAUGGCAUCGACACCGAUUCAGCUCAUCAUCUUCUUCUACUUCUUUUUCUUCCAACUCGAUGCCGCCAUAGUGCUCGAUGUCUCUGCCAACUCUACUACCACUGUCCUCUUAGGCGGGGCCACGCCAGCCUUGAUAUUGCCCCUCUUUCUUUCUCCUUCAAAUUCUUCCAAACAAUUGUCGAAUCCACCUCGCCAUCUCCUGGGAUCCAAUGCCAGCGCUCGUCCUAAUGCUCGCAUGAGACUCUACGACGAUCUUCUUCUCAACGGGUAUUACACUACGCGGCUCUGGAUCGGGACGCCACCACAGAGAUUUGCGCUUAUCGUUGAUACUGGCAGCACUGUUACAUACGUACCCUGUUCUACUUGUGAGCAAUGUGGCAACCACCAGGAUCCAAAAUUUCAGCCAGAAUUGUCAAGCACCUAUCAGCCUCUAAAAUGCAAUCCUGAUUGCAACUGUGAUGAUGAAAGGGAACAGUGCAUUUAUGACAGACGGUAUGCUGAAAUGAGCACUAGCAGUGGUGUUCUUGCUGAGGACUUUAUAUCCUUUGGCAAUCAGAGUGAACUUGAACCGCAGCGUGCUGUUUUUGGUUGUGAAAAUGUAGAAACUGGUGACCUUUACAGUCAACAUGCCGAUGGCAUAAUGGGAUUGGGCAGUGGUGAUCUCAGUAUUGUCGAUCAACUUGUUGAAAAAGGCGUGAUUAGUGACUCAUUCUCAUUGUGUUAUGGCGGAAUGAAUAUUGGUGGGGGUGCAAUGGUUCUUGGUAGUUUGUCCCCACCUUCCGGCAUGGUCUUUACCUAUUCAGAUCCUGUGCGCAGUCAAUACUAUAACAUUGAUUUGAGAGAGAUACAUGUUGCGGGGAAGCGGUUGCCUCUUGAGCCUGGUGUAUUUGAUAGAAAACAUGGUACUAUCCUGGAUAGUGGCACAACAUAUGCUUACCUACCAGAAGCAGUAUUUAAAGCAUUUAAGGACGCUAUUAUGAAGGAACUUCACUCGUUAAAGCAGAUCCGUGGUCCUGAUCCAAAUUAUAAUGACAUUUGCUUUUCUGGUGCUGGAAGUGAAGUCUCCCAACUUUCAAAUGCAUUUCCAACGGUUGACAUGAUAUUUGAACAUGGGCAAAAGUGGUCACUAUCACCUGAAAAUUACCUAUUCCGUCAUACAAAAGUCCCCGGUGCAUACUGUCUUGGGAUAUUCCCAAAUGGGAAGGAUCCAACUACUCUUCUAGGAGGAAUAAUUGUCCGCAAUACUCUUGUGAUGUAUGAUCGUGAAAAUUCAAAGGUGGGUUUCUGGAAGACCAAUUGUUCUGAGCUAUGGGAAAGACUCCACAUAACUAGUGCUGCAGCACCAUUACCUUCAGAUUCAAAUGGCACAAACAUAACUGUAGAAAUACCGCCUACAUUGGCUCCUAGUGACCAACUGCAUUAUGUUCUUCCAGAUGAACUUCAAAUUGGACAAAUAACAUUUGAAAUGUCACUGAAAGCCAACUACUCACAUUUGAAGAUUCAUGCUACAGAACUUAUUGGAUUCAUUGCUCAACAGUUAGGUGUUAAUUCUUCCCAGGUCCAUUUACUGAAACUCGCUUCUAAAGGAAAUGAUUCACUCAUUGGAUGGACCAUAGUCCCUUCAGGAUCUGCUGACCACAUUUCUAAUGCUACUGCUCUUAGUAUAAUUUCCCGGGUUGCUGAACAUCACAUUCAGCUUCCUGAUACCUUUGGAAGUUACCGGUUGGUUCACUGGAAAAUUGAGCCUCCAGCAAAUCGGACAUGGUGGCAGCAACAUUAUUUAUUCGCAGGCUUAGUCGUUAUUAUCGUUCUCAUUCUUGGAUUAUCAGCUUCUGGAUUAUUGUUUAUUUGGAGGUGUAGAGAACAAACAUUCAGUGCAUAUAGACCCGUCAAUACAGCAGUUCCUGAGCAAGAACUACAGCCAUUGUGAACCCCCAGUGGUUGUCCGUGCUUCGUGAUUUACGCUGUAUGUACUGUAUUCGGUUAGCUUUUUUUAUAUAUAUAUAGCCUCGAAAUGCUGUAAAUUUGCAAGCGGAGCUACUGAAUCUACAAUCAAAGGCCUUACCAAAUUAUUCAUCAAACAGGGAUGUAAAGAAGGAAUUGCAGAAAUGUAUUCCUUUGUUUUCUUUCUACUUUACAUGUUGCUUUUGAUAAACACUUGCUUAAUUUUUCCUACCAGCUAGUUGUUACAUA